AUGGAUCCUCGCUCCAACCGUUCCUGCUACAACUGUGGUGACGCCUCUCACCAGGCUAAGGACUGCCCCAAGAAGGGAACCCCCACUUGCUACAACUGCGGUGGUGAGGGUCAUGUCAUGCCCCAACCCCCCCCCAAGGAGCGUACCUGCUACCGCUGUGGUCUGACUGGCCACCUGUCCCGUGAGUGCCCCCAGGGCGGCGCUCCCGGUGGCUACAGUGCCCCCGGCGGCCAGGAGUGCUACAAGUGCGGUCAGGUUGGCCACAUUGCUCGCAGCUGCCCCCAGGGUGGUAACUACGGUGGUGCUGGCGGCUACGGUGGCGGCUUCGGCGGCCGUCCCCAGACCUGCUACUCCUGCGGUGGCUUUGGCCACAUGGCUCGCGAUUGCACCCAGGGUCAGAAGUGUUACAACUGCGGCGAGGUCGGCCAUGUUUCCCGUGACUGCACUACUGAGGCUCGCGGCGAGCGCGUGUGCUACAAGUGCAAGCAGCCCGGCCACGUCCAGGCUGCCUGCCCCAACUAA